AUGUCCCCAACUCAGCUGAGAUGGGGUAUUGUGGGAACCGGCUGGAUUGCCAGCAUGUUUGUGACUGAUCUCCUUGCGCCUCGGGAGGAUGGACCGGCAGAACACAUCAUCACGGUCGUGGGAUCAUCCAGCAAUGUCGAGAAGGGGCAGCAAUUCGUCAACAAAGUUUGGAAAGAUUCGAGCGCGCCCCGGCCCAAGGUCUUUGCCAGCUACCAGGAAGUUUACGACUCACCCGACGUUGAUGUCGUAUAUAUCGCGACGCCUCACUCACUCCAUGACCAGAACUGCUUGGAUGCCAUUAAGGCAGGCAAACAUGUGCUCAACGAGAAGCCAUUCACCAUCAACAGCAAACAAGCUGAACAAGUCAUUGCAGCGGCCAAGGCGAAAGGCGUUUAUCUCAUGGAAGGCAUGUGGACAAGGUUCUUCCCUCUCGUUAUCGAGUUGCAAAAGAAGAUUCAAGCUGGCGCCAUUGGUCGAGUAAGGCGAUGUAUCGUUGAGAUCGGCCUGACGUUGGACUUCGAUUCACUGCCCAAGGAAUCUCGGUUGAAGGACCCGGCCCUCGGCGCGGGUGCGCUCCUGGAUAUCGGGAUAUAUCCCCUGACUUAUGCGUCUGUCAUACUUGGCAAUGGGGCGCUAGGCACGAAUCAUCCUAAAGUCGCUGUGACACCAUCUCUGACCAUUGAGGACGGGGUAGACGGCAGCGGAGUCGUCAUUCUUCAGUACAAUAAAGGGACAGCUGAGGAGGCGACUGCCAUUACGAUGUCGUCGCUUCACAACCCCAACCCGCCGGACUUUGGGCGCAUCGAGGGCACCAAGGGCACAAUCACUGUAUACACUGACAAAGGUCCAAGCUGCCCCAGCGGCUUUAGGAUAAAGGAUUCUGAGGGCAAAGUGGAAGAUUACCCUUUUGCUCAGCCAACUGGCACGAUUGGCUUCAUCUAUGAGGCCGAUGCAGUCGCGCUCGAUAUUGCGGCCGGAAGAACCGAGAAUGCGAUUAUGCCACUGGACGAGACAAUGAGAAUGAUGCGCCUGAUGGAUGGAGUCAGAAAGGAGUGUGGGCUAGUCUAUCCUCAGGAUAAGGAAUGA